GUGACCAUCACCAACGUCCCACUAAUAGCGAAAAUGUAAAAGCGUGCGGAGCACUCUCGGAAGAGCGCGUGGAAAGAGGCCCCUUCCCCCACGACCAAACUGUGGCGUCGUGGCCUGUCUCAGUGUCCCUCCACAACCAAACCCUUUCAUUCAAGUUGGGAUCCAAACACACACACACACACACAUCAUUUCUAGAGCGAGAAACUCAGAGGAGAGAGAGAGAGAAAGUAGCCAUGGCUUCCACCAAGGAACGCGAUAACUUCGUCUACGUCGCCAAGCUCGCUGAACAAGCCGAGCGCUAUGAAGAAAUGGUGGAUGCGAUGAAGAAUGUGGCGAAGCUAAACGUUGAAUUGACGGUUGAGGAGCGAAACCUUCUAUCGGUUGGGUACAAGAACGUUGUGGGUGCUCGUAGGGCUUCGUGGAGGAUCCUUUCUUCGAUUGAGCAGAAGGAAGAAGCGAAAGGGAACGAUGUGAGUGUGAAGAGAAUAAAGGAGUAUAGGCAGAAAGUGGAAUCUGAGUUGUCAAAUAUCUGCAGUGAUAUCAUGACUGUUAUUGAUGAACACCUUAUUCCCUCCAGUUCUUCUGGUGAACCUAGUGUCUUUUUCUACAAAAUGAAGGGGGACUAUUACCGGUAUCUCGCGGAGUUCAAGUCCGGUGAUGAGAGAAAGGAGGCUGCCGAUAAUUCUAUGAAAGCAUACCAGAUGGCUUCCACUACAGCAGAGGCUGAGUUACCUCCUACGCAUCCAAUCCGAUUGGGGUUGGCUUUGAACUUUUCUGUCUUUUAUUAUGAAAUUUUGAACUCCCCUGAAAGGGCUUGUCACCUUGCGAAGCAGGCAUUUGAUGAAGCAAUCUCUGAGUUGGAUACUCUGAGUGAGGAGUCUUACAAAGACAGCACACUUAUUAUGCAGCUUCUGAGGGACAACCUCACCUUGUGGACUUCUGACAUCCCUGAAGAUGGAGCCGAGGAACAAAAGGUGGAGUCUGCCCGAGCUGCUGGUGGUGAAGAUGCAUAGUGAAGCAGAUAUAUUUGCAGGAAUUUGUGGUGUGCAUACGAGAAGACUAGUCUCUUGCAACCCUUGAUAGUUUACCAUUAGGAUGUUGUAAUAGAACAUGAAGUUGAAAUCUAGAAAAUCACCCUAGGGCUUUGUGCCUUUUCUUUUAUUCUAUGCGUGUCUUUUCUUCUAGUGGAGACUGGAGUUGAAAUUACAUGAUGGUUUGGCUGUAAUUUAGUGGAUUGCUUCAUUUUGACUUCACAUCUUUCCCAAAGGAUGCUACCUCGCAUUCUUUCAUCAGUUUUACAUAGAUAAAAUUUAUUAAAAUUAUGCGAAUCAUUGUUCCCAAAAUGUGUGAAUCAUGGAAUGUGGAAACAUCUAUGGCUGCUGUUUAUCACCGUAUUUUUCU